AUGAGAUUACUUUCUGGGCUUUCGUUGGCUAAUAAUCAGUUGAAUGGUGCAAUUCCUACCUGUCUUGGUAAGUUAUUGAAUUUGCAUUAUCUCUAUCUGGACCGUAACUAUAUAUCUGGUUCAAUUUCUACUUCUUUUGGUCAGUUAUCGGAUUUGCGUCAUCUGUUCCUGUAUUUUAACAAUAUUUCUGGUUCAAUUCCUCAUGAAUUGGGGAAUCUUUACCAUCUAAAGGAACUUUAUCUAAACAAUAACUAUCUGACUGGAUCUAUCCCAGAAACUUUGGUCAAUCUAAAGAAUCUAACCGACUUAACUCUAUACGAGAAUCAGUUAAAUGGAUCAAUCCCAAGAGAAAUAGGUAACUUGACUUCACUUAUAUGGCUAGAGCUACAAUUGAACAAUCUCACUGGUCCCAUCCCUGCCUCUCUAGGUCAACUCAAAUCCCUUCUUCACAUUAGUCUCUACUCUAACCAACUUUCUGGUCCCAUCCCCCAAGAGUUAGGAAACUUGACAUCCCUUUCCACUCUGCAUUUAGCAUUCAAUAAACUCAACGGUUCCAUUCCAAGUUCAUUUGGUAAUCUACAAGCUCUAGAACAAUUGUCUCUUCAAAAUAACAAACUUUCUGGAUCUAUCCCACCAGAGUUAGGAAACCUGAAGUUGGUUGAAAUUGAAAUGACCAACAAUAGGUUUUCUGGAAGUUUGCCUGAUGAAAUCUGCAACGGAAGGAAGCUUGAAAAGCUUCUUGUUGGAUAUAAUAAACUAACGGGUCGAAUUCCAAAAAGCUUGUACAACUGCUCGAGCUUGAUCCGAGUUCGGUUUGACGGAAACCAGAUAAGCGGAGAUUUUUCUGAGAGCUUUGGUGUCUAUCCUUACCUCAAUUACAUCAAUCUCAACGAUAACAAGGUUUACGGGGGUAUCUCUGACAACUGGAGUAAGUGCCGAAACUUAACCACGAUACAGAUGGGAGGGAAUCGAAUCCAAGGUAGCAUACCUGAUUCCAUGGGAAACAUGAUUCAGUUGGUAGUUCUUAAUCUUUCUUCCAAUGAUUUGGUUGGAGAUAUACCUAAAGAAUUCGGAAUGCUGACUCGUAUAGAGAAGCUUAUAUUAAGCAAUAAUAGACUUUCUGGCAUCGUGCCACAAGAGCUAGGAUCACUAGCUGAACUCUUGAUUGUUGAUAUCUCCAUGAAUAAGUUGAAUGGGUCCAUUCCAUCUUCCAUGGGGCAGUGCUCGAAACACUUUUUCUUAAACUUGAGCAAUAAUGGAUUUGCACGCAAAAUCCCAGUCCAAUUAGGUGGAUUGAUUCAGUUGUCUGUUCUUGAUUUAAGUCAUAACGAGCUUACCGGGUAUAUACCUAAGACUUUUGAAUCAAUGAAUUCGUUGUUGAACAUUGAUCUUUCAUAUAAUCACUUACGAGGACCCUCCCCAAAAGCAAAGUCUUUAUGA